AUGCUUAACACUUCAUCAUUUAGAGAUCUAGAAAGAGGUGACCAUAAUGAAGAGAAUCAAAAUAUUGUAGCAGCUAUGAAAGCAAUUCAGAAAACAAUUAGAGCUAUUAUGAUGUGGUUAACACUAUUGAGUUUUAUGUUGGUGGUGCAUGUAGUAUUUAGUGGUGUUUAUGCAGUGGAAGUUUAUGUUGGAAAUAGUACGGUUAGUUGUGAGUUACAGCUGGGUCAGACAUCUUUAUCAAGCAGCUUAGUAGCACACCCACAUUAUCAUUCACUUCACGUUAGUCCUUUUAUGAUGCCAGCUGACGUAUCUAAUAACACUCAACUAGGUGUAUACCAUGACGAUAAUGAUGUCAGUUUGGAUAAAAGAUAUCUAUGGUGGUUUCUAGCUGCUGCGAAAUUAGUAGACACAGGGUUAGCUCUUUAUGAAUUAGUUACUUCAUGUCAGGACUGGUCAUCUGGUGGAGCUAGUGCUAAAAUUGGAUGUGUGCAUGGUGCACUGAGCACAGCAUUUACCGCUGCUGGAGCUGGUUGGUACACUUGGAAUAAAUAUAUCGAAAUAGGUAAUCGAUUAGUGUCGUUUGGUAAAAGAGACAGUUCGACAAAUUAUCAAUCACAUUUAAAGUAUUUGGAAUACUAUGUAAAUCUUACAAAUUUGCCAGCUGCACUUGUUUACAAUUCUGAUGGAGAUUUACAUUACAGCGACGCUGGUGAAACUCCCGUAGUAUUAACAUACACUGCAACAGGUACUUUGGUACAUUUCACAGCUAGUAGAUUUAACGAGACUACGUUUAUUAGUAGAUGGGGUAAAAUAAAUGGCCUAGCAUCAAAGAGAGACGAGCAGUUUAACGAGCAGGACUUCACCCAAGGAGGUAUAGAAUUUUCCCAUAUAAUGAACCAAGAUGAUAAUUCACGACUCUCCACGUCGAAUGAUUACGGACAGAUGGACCACGAAGUAUCAUGCUUAUUUGGAGAUAAGCCCGGAAACACAUAUGAGUACCAAAUAUAUGACAACAACCAUAAGUCUACAAUUACCGGAGGCAUUGUUAAAGCCUUUCAGUAUGAUACGUAUGAUGUCAGUGCGUUGACUGGCGAAUUUUCGUCAGGUACGCCAGAAAAUCAAGCAUGUGAGGUAUCUUAA